AUGUCGUCGGCUACUACUCCGAAUGACAAUUCAGGGGGAACACCAGCAUCAGCGAGCCCGAACCCCCCGGCGCACAAGCCAACAGAUGAUUCGUCAGAGCCUUUGUCCAAGAUCCAGACUGAGCUUGCCGUGCUGAUUGUGGGCCUUGAUACCGUCGAGACAGUUUCACUCGUCUCUGGUUCCAGCGAUGUUGACACUUCUAUUGAAAAAGAACUAAAGGGCUGCGACGAGGUCCUCUUCGCGUUGCGAAGAUUCCACCGUCAGCAUCACGCCAUCUGGCCACCACAGGCUGGCCCGGAAUUGACGAAUGAUGCUCUUAAGGAACUGGUAGAGAUACAGGAGAGACUUGAAGUGUAUUCAAAGGCUCUUAAUACGCAUAAUGUCAAUAUUAUCAGAUCAUCCCAAGAACACGUAGAGAGAACAAUGAAAGCCUUCAUCGAAGAAGUCCGCAGCGGCAAGCGCGAGCAAUCCGUCAUCUCCACCAAAGCCCUCUCCGCCGACGAAAAAGAAGGCUGGAAACAACUCCGCAAAGAGCUACAAGAUGCGGGUAUCAAUUCCGAGUGUUUCACGCAGAACUUCGACAUGAUCUACGCCGCGCUGAAGGAAUUCGAUGUCGGUGGAAAUCUUCCUCAACUCGAGGAUAUCCCGCCUGAUACGAUUCGCUCUUCCCAGGAUGGGUUGUUGUCUUACGGCCAUGUCCGUGAUUUGGCUACCAAUAUGGCGUCUGCGUGGAUGAAUCAGAUCUCGGGUUUUACUUAUACGUCUCCGCGGUGGAAUUCUAUCAGCAAGCAGUCUCGUCAGGCUCUCUCUGGAUUAAAAGUGCAGCCUACUCACGUCAGUCAUAUGGUUUCCAAGGCGAUGGGAAAUCGCGUUGAUUUGGUUUCAUGUGCGGAAGACGGGGACUUGACGUCUGUUUUGAAUCUGUUGAAGAGAGGGGCGAGUAUCAAUACGACAGCGGAGGGGGGCGAGACUGCCUUGUCACAGGCUGCUGCAAAUGGUCAUAAGGAAAUUGUUCUCCUGCUCUUUGCCAAGGGUGCUGAUCUGGAUCUUGUAAACCAGCAGGGUGAAACUGCAUUCAUACAGGCAGCGAAGAAUGGUCAUCAAGAAAUUGUCCAGAUUCUGCUCAGUCAUGCAGAAUCCGUGGCUAAUGGUCGAUUUGGUACGGAUGCACUCAAGAAGGCAGCCGAGAAUGGCCAUGCGGAGAUUGUUCGCAUGUUACUUGAGCGAGGGGUAGAUGCUGAUGUUCUUGAUUCCGACGACCAAUCUGACAAUACCCCUUUGUCUAGGGCUGCUAGUAAUGGUCAUGAGGCGGUGGUUAUAAUGUUGCUGAACCAUGGUGUACGGAUUAAUAUAGCCAAUUAUUGGGGCGAGACGGCGCUAUAUCAUGCCGUUGCUUUUGGAGAUAGGAGGGUCAUCCAUCAUCUGCUCAAGUUUGAAGUUGAUAUUGACCCUAGGGCUGAACAUCGAGCUCGGGAAAAUGGCAGGCUUUUUGGUUGGCUGAAGGCGGAGCAGGAGGCGAGAGAGAAAGGAUUGAUUGGGAACACCAGUCCCACGUCUCCCAAGUCCCCUCCUCGGCGAGGUCAUGAUCGUAUGAAAUCGGAGGCUGGUCGACUAUGGGACUCAGCCUGGGGACGACCUCCUGGAGGAUGGUCAGGGCGUGCGCGUGUGAGUGCAAGCGAUACUGUGAGUGAGAGUGCGAAAGCGAGUGAGCAGACUUCAAACUGA